AUGGAGGCCAAGGAGGAGGAAAGGGAGCCCGUGGUCAGCCCUUCCCAUGGGCAGACCUUCAGCAACAUGCAGGCCAGGAAGAAGUCCAGUUCCAGCAAAAAAGUCAGGCAGCUCAAGUACAAAGAGCAGAACCUGGAGGCACUGAAGAAGGAGGCGACCAUGGAGGACCACAUGCUAAGCCUGGAAGAACUCAGCGCCAAGUACUCCGUGGACCUGCAAAUGGGCCACACCCACACCACAGCCCAGAAGAUUCUGGAGCGCGAUGGCCCCAAUGUGCUUACGCCGCCCCCCAAGACCCCCGAAUGGAUCAAAUUCUGCGAACAGAUGUUCGGGGGAUUCUCCCUUCUGCUGUGGACCGGGGCCAUCCUCUGUAUCGUGGCCUACUACAUCCAAGUCCAAGUGAACCAGGACACCACGAAAGACAACCUGUACCUGGGCAUUGUCCUGGCCUCCGUGGUCUUCAUCACCGGCUGCUUCUCCUACUACCAAGAGGCCAAGAGCUCCCAGAUCAUGGAGUCGUUCAAGGACAUGGUGCCCCAGCAAGCGCUGGUGAUUCGGGAAGGGCAGAAGCUAAACAUUGGCGUGGAUAAAGUGGUUCUGGGCGACCUGGUAGAGGUGAAGGCCGGCGACCGGAUCCCGGCCGACAUCCGACUCAUCUCUUCACAAGGCUGCAAGGUGGACAACUCCUCCCUGACCGGUGAGUCGGAACCGCAGACCCGCUCCCCCGAGUUCACCCAUGAGAACCCUCUGGAGACCCGGAAUAUCUGCUUCUUUUCCACCAACUGCGUGGAAGGCACCGCCACGGGCAUCGUGGUGGCCACCGGGGACAACACAAUCAUGGGCCGCAUAGCCAUCCUGGCGUCGGGGCUGAAGGUGGGCAAGACGCCCAUCGCCAUGGAGAUCGAGCACUUCAUCCACAUCAUCACCGCCGUGGCCGUCUUCCUGGGCAUCUCCUUCUUCUUCCUCGCCCUCAUCCUCGGCUACCACUGGCUGGAGGCCAUCAUCUUCCUCAUCGGCAUCAUCGUGGCCAACGUGCCCGAGGGACUGCUGGCCACUGUCACCGUGUGUCUGACGCUGACCGCCAAGCGCAUGGCCCACAAGAACUGUCUGGUGAAGAACCUGGAGGCGGUGGAGACCCUGGGCUCCACGUCCACCAUCUGCUCCGACAAGACGGGCACGCUCACCCAGAACCGCAUGACUGUGGCCCACUUGUGGUUUGACCAGACUGUGUACACUGCUGACACCACCGAGGACCAGCAGGAGAACACCUUUGACAAGAGCUCUGGCACCUGGAAAAUCCUGUCCCAAAUCGCCGGGCUGUGCAACCGGGCCCACUUCAAGCCCAAUCAGGAGAUGAUCCCGAUCAUCAAGCGGGGGACCACGGGAGAUGCCUCCGAGUCGGCGCUGCUCAAAUUCAUCGAGCAGACCUGCGGCUCCGUGACUGAGAUGCGAGAGAAGAACCCCAAG